AUGAACGGGGGCUUCGUGGAGGACGAGACCGAGACCGAGGUCCAGAAGCAGAUGCGCCAGCUGAACGAGGCCCUGGAGGAGAACCACGUCGACACCAGGGACCACGUCGCGAAGGUCUCCAAGGCCGUGAAGGGCGCCCAGAAGGACAACGAGAUGACGGGCGCAAAGCUCGAGGACGUCGCGGGGGGGCUCGCCCUGCUCAGGGCGCGCAUGGACCUGGCGCUCCCGCAGCUGUUCCGCGGCCUGGACGCCCUAGCCCGUGCCAGGGGCGUCGGCGUGCCCGCCCUGGGCGACGCUGGCGCCGCCGCCGCCCUCCGCGGCGGCGUGGCGGCCGCUGCGGACGCCGCCGCAGGCGCGCCCACGCCUGCGGCCGAGGGCGCCGCCGAGCUCGAGGCCGUGGGAAGCGCC